CGUUAGACAGUCGCACAAGGCGAAGCGGCUGCUUCUCGUGUUGAUUUAGCCACCUCGUCAGCACCUCGCGCCGCUGGACAGCUCCUGGCAGCGGGAUACGUGUGCGCUCUCCUCUAGGACACUUGUGGCGCUUGUUCCAAGUCUUUUAAUGGAAAAACAAUAUCUUUAUGUUCCAAGUAAAACUGGAAGUUUACAACUUCAGAGGGAAUCUACGGAUACCUCGUUUCGAGAUUUGUGGCAGGCAGCACAUCCUCGGUGGCAGAGAGCGCAGCUUCAUUGUUAACGGCAACAGACUGUCCCUAUAGCCUUCACCUGCUUUCAAACAUUUGGUUCAGAGGUUUUGGCCAAAAACCGCGAAGCUGCUGUCUGCGUGGACGGGUGCUGAAGCUCCCCUUUCAAAGGCCAGGACCACUGACACAUCGAAAGACAUGGCUACCAACGGCACCAAAGCAGAUGGACAAGUAACAGAACUUAACGAAGUGGCAACUAAUGACAAACCCAAGUCACUGGACGUGAAAGGGGAAAAUACGAAAAAGGAUCUUCCCGAAAGAGAAACAUGGGGAGGGCGAUUCGAUUUCCUUCUGUCGUGUGUAGGUUAUGCAAUUGGACUGGGCAACGUAUGGAGAUUUCCAUAUCUCUGUGGAAAAAACGGUGGAGGAGCCUUCUUGAUCCCCUAUUUUUUGACACUCAUAUUUGCUGGGAUGCCCCUGUUCCUGCUGGAGACGGCUCUUGGUCAAUACACCUCAAUUGGUGGGCUUGGAGUCUGGAAACUGGCUCCCGUAUUCAAAGGUGUUGGCCUUGCAGCAGCUGUCCUGGCCUUCUGGCUUAACAUUUAUUACAUUGUCAUCAUUGCCUGGGCCAUUUACUAUCUCUACAACUCCUUUACCACUGAACUUCCAUGGAGCUCAUGUGGCAAUCCAUGGAACACAGAAAAGUGUUACUCAAACUACAGUAUAGUUGAUAACACCAAUCUUACCAGCGCGGUGAUGGAGUUUUGGGAGCGCAACAUGCAUCAAAUGACCGAUGGCUUGGAAAAACCAGGGCAGAUCCGAGCUCCACUGGCAAUAACACUGGCCAUCGCUUGGGUCCUAGUGUACUUCUGUAUCUGGAAAGGGGUGAGCUGGACUGGCAAGGUUGUGUACUUCUCGGCCACGUACCCCUAUUUCAUGCUUUUCAUUCUGUUCUGCCGUGGAGUGACUCUACCUGGAGCUAUGGAUGGAAUUCUCUUCUAUAUCACCCCUAACUUUGAAAAACUAAAAGAAUCUGAGGUAUGGCUGGAUGCUGCCACUCAGAUAUUUUUCUCCUACGGUUUGGGACUGGGCUCACUGAUAGCUCUUGGCAGCUAUAACCCUUUUAAUAAUAAUGUUUACAGAGACUCUAUCAUAGUGUGCUGCAUCAACUCCUUCACCAGCAUGUUUGCGGGCCUGGUCAUCUUCUCUAUUGUGGGCUUCAUGGCGAAUGUGACUAACAGACCAAUACAAGAAGUCGCAGCUUCAGGUCCAGGCCUGGCAUUUCUGGCAUACCCCGAGGCUGUGACCCAGCUGCCUAUUUCUCCUCUCUGGGCUAUCCUGUUCUUCUCCAUGCUGCUGAUGCUGGGGAUUGACAGUCAGUUCUGCACAGUGGAGGGCUUUAUAACAGCUCUGGUGGAUGAGUUUCCCAGGGCACUGAGGGGCAGGAGAGAGCUCUUCAUCGCUGCUGUCUGCCUGGUCUCCUACCUGAUCGGCCUGUCCAACAUCACACAGGGAGGCCUGUACGUGUUCAAGCUCUUCGACUACUACUCUGCCAGUGGGAUGUGUCUCCUCUUCCUGGUCUUCUUUGAGUGCAUCUCCAUAUCCUGGUUCUAUGGUGUGAACAAGUUCUAUGACAACAUCCAGGAGAUGAUUGGCUACAAGCCCUGUAUAUGGUGGAAGCUGUGCUGGGUCUGUUUCACUCCUCUCAUCGUGGCUGGGGUGUUCCUGUUCAGUGCAGUCCAAAUGGUUCCUCUCACCUUGAACAACUACGUGUUCCCCGCCUGGGGCCAGGGAGUGGGCUGGCUCAUGGCUCUGUCCUCCAUGGUCCUCAUUCCUGGUUACAUGGUCUACAUGUAUCUCGGACUCAAGGGCACUUGGAAAGAGCGCCUGCAGAUAAUGUUUCAGCCGCCUGCAGUGGUUCGACGGCCACAGGAGAAUGGGCCUGAAGCAGUGGUUGCGGAGACCAACAUAGCUAGUCCUUCUAACCCGGCCAACCCAGCUAACCUGGCCAACCCAGUUAGCCCUGCCAACCCAGCAAGCCCUGGCAACCCAGCUAGUUCUGGCAACCCGGCUAGUUCUGGCAACCCAGCUAGUCCUGCCAACCCAACUGCUACAAGCCCGGUUGCUGCAGCCCCGGCCAGCCCAACACCUCCAGCCAUUCCAGUUACUCUGGCUAGCCCUGUGAACCCAACCAGUCUGACCGUCCCAACCGUCCCUACCGUCCCUACCGUCCCUACCGUCCCUACCGUCCCUAUCACUCCAGCCAACCCAACCAGCCCUACCAGCCCACCACCCAAUCCAGUUAGCGCAACGCCAACUGAGCCAGCCAUCCCACCACUCAAUAUAGCGAGCUCAACCAACUCAACCAACCUUACCAACCUAACCAACGCAGAGGCCAAUGUCUAGACAAGGCAGAACCCUCAUGGAGAAAGUGCAGUGAACGUCAAACAUUACCAAGGACUUCCAAGAUUUUAAUUGAUUCACCUACCUCCAUGGGCAAUAUCUGAUCAAACCGGAUUUAAAUAUCAUGUUUAAUUUUUCUGCAUUUGUAAAGCCAACACGCUGAUGUUUUUUUUAUUGGUAUGCAUUACAAAUACAAAAAUCAAAGACUGUUAGUGUUCACAAAAUCUACUGUAAUCUGGGUAACAAAAAAUAUGUAAGCAUACUGUGUAAUACUGUGAGAGAAAAAAAACUAUUGAAAAUGUAGAAUAGCAAUUUGUUGAAUAUCUUCAUGAACCAAGUAAAUACAGUGUGACUAUAGUAGAGAUGAAGUUCUGGUGAACAAAAUGGUCGGGGUCAAAUUAUUGUGGUGGUUUACUAAGCCUUACUUGCACUCUGUGGGGCUGAUUACAGGCCACAUGGCAAUGAGGGAACUCUGAUGAAGAAGCACAAUGCCAAUAAGAAGUUUAAAGUCUAUGAACCCUGGAUUUAUCCAGUAUUAAUGUUGCAAAAUAUUUUCUGUGUGAGAGAGACUGUUAUUUUAUCCCCAUUUUUUGUAUUCUUUUUUUACUUUUAUGUGAUUGAAACAUUUUUUUGAAUUAUUUUUUGAUGUUUUCUACUAUUUAGUGUUGUGACCGAGGACCAAAAUUGUAGGAAGACGAAAGCAAGAACUAUCUAUGCCAUGCAGUGUUCAGUUUGCGAAGCACAGGGUAUCAAAAACGUACAUAAAAUGCAAAAGCACAGGGUAUAGAAAAGUGAUUUACAAACAUUGACUAUCCCUUAAUGCUGACAGUCAAUCCUGUUUACUUUUUUUGCAUGCUUUCCUCAGUAACAUCAGAUAAAAUUCCAAAAUGUCUCUUGACAGAUCCAAAACGAAAACAGAGAAGGCUUUAAGCCAGUUAUCAACCAAUUUAUGCCAAGCCAUAGUCUGUUUGCAUGACUCGGCUGAUCUCCAGAAAAUCACUUUGUAUGCUAGAAAACAAUAUUGGACCAACUCUAUGUUUAAACAUAGUCCUUUUUUGUUCACUCUUAUGUGUAUGAUCAAUUAUAGUUUGAUCAGUAUGUAUUCAGCAAUACAUAUGUAGAUGUAUAGGUGCAGGCCAGUAGAAGAGUGGUCUGUUUCUAAUUGUCUUUUCGUUGUCUUUGCUUUACUAGUGAAAAGCACAAAGCUUUAACUUUUGCCUUGGCAUGUUAAGACAAUGCUAGUUUGCUUCUAUGGCAGCUAUAGUGAAAAGCAUUUGGUCCAACAAAACAAGUUUACUUUGAAAAGCAAAACAACUAAGUGAAAAUGUGAAAUGGCUACAGUUCAUGUCCUGUCACUUUUGUAUAAAGUUACUCUACCACAGUUUUCUCUGGAACCUUGUUGUAAAACUGUACUGUGUAAAACAUGUAACUGUGAAUGUUUGUAAUACAUUGGAAGUUAUUGUCUAAAUGUUGAAAAAAUUCGAAAGGAGUUGCUGUUUUCUGCAAUAAUAUUUUCACAGAAACUAAAGCACAUAUCUUACAGAAGUAUACAAAAUGAUGAUGACAAUGAAGACAUUGACGAUUAUAUUAAAAAUAGAAACUAUGUCUAGUAAAAAAUUAUAUUGUUUUGUAUAUUUUUAACAGUCUCACUGCCUAAUGUACAACAAAAUAUAAACAUGAUAUGUAUUUAAAUGGUGUCAUAUGAUAAAGCACGAUUGUCAUGUUAUAAAAAAAGAAAAAAGCUGAAAAAAUAAAGAAUUAUAGAAAAUAUGAAUAA